AUGCCUCGGAUUCCCGUGUCCGUGCUCAUCCAGGCCCAUCGGCAGAACCCUCUACUCCCUUUGCUUCUUAAAGAAUGUCGCUCACUUGACUCGGCUCGCAAUGAACUCCGGUGGCUCCGAGAACGCGCCCUGCGCGAUAGCCAGUCGCGUACCCGACUGAAAGGAUCACGGCUAGGGUGGAGGAUGCGCCUAAGAUCCAUGUGUCUCUGGCGCUCUCGAGGAUUUCCCCUCCAGUAUAUCCUGGGCGAUCAGCCUUUCGGUGACCUGGAAAUCCUCUGCCGACGAGGCGCGUUAAUCCCAAGGCCCGAAACCGAGUCUUAUACAUUGGAAGCAGCCAGAUUAAUCCGCCAGUCUCUGGAAAACCAUCAUGGGCCCAAGCUCCCUAGACCUCGGUCUCUCCGUGUGCUGGAUCUCUGCACUGGCACAGGUUGUAUUGCGCUUCUUCUGCAUGCCCUCCUGUCGUCUCACUUCAAGGAUAUGACCAUUCUGGGGGUUGACAUCAGUCCAUUAGCACUUGACUUGGCACAGAAGAACCUUGAUCAUAAUAUAAAUCAUGGCUUGCUAUCUUGUCGAGCCUCCGCCGACCUCCAUUUUCAGCGUGCGAAUGUACUUGGAAGGGGCGAUGACUCGAUCCCUGCCGUGGAAGAAAUUCUACCCAAAUAUUUUUCGCAACCUACGGUAUCGAGUGAAUCCACCGGGACCGGUUGUGACCUGUUAAUAUCCAACCCGCCCUACAUCUCCACCUCGGACUUUCGUGAUGGGACUACAGCGCGCAGUGUUCGCCUUUUCGAGCCACGACUAGCACUCGUGCCAUCUGCUUCUGAUUUCACGGAGAAUACUUAUGACAGGCCCGAGGAUAUUUUCUAUCGUCACAUUCUCGCUCUUUCACUCAAGCUACAGGCCAAGAUCACCGUGCUCGAGUGUGGAGAUAUGAGGCAGGCUGUGAGAGUGGUCGAGAUGUAUACUGCUAUGAUCUCGAGCGACUUGGAAGACUCAAGUGCAGAGAUCUGGCCAAGCGCCGAGCCAGAUCUGGCCGCCAAUGGCUUCCACCCCUAUGAUGGAUCACGAUGUGUUAUAAUCAAACGACAGGCAAAAUAA